GCAUAGAUAACUUGGAAUAAAAGAAAUAAUUGUUUUUUUUUUUUCUUGGAUAUAAAAGGAAAUCAUAAAUAGCAAGAGCUGCAAGAGAAGGCAAAGACCCUUAACCCAUAAGUUUGAUCCCCCACGACUUGUAGAACAGCUUCUUCGAGAUAUUUCUUCGAGGAUCAUCGUGUCAUACGCUCAUACGUGCAAACAAAUCCAUGGAUGCGAAGAUCGGGAAGUUCUUCGAGUCGGUGGGCACCUUCUUCACCGGCGGUGAUUCUAUUCCCUGGUGCGAAUCCGACAUUGUUGUUGGCUGUGAGCGUGAGGUUGCUGAAGCUGAGAAAGGCUCUUCAAAUGAACUCAAAAGUGAGUGCCUUUUGCGUUUGUCAUGGGCUCUUGUUCACUCAAAGCGACCUGAAGAUGUGCAACGUGGGAUAGCUAUGCUUGAAGGUUCAUUAGCAAGCAGCACAAGUAGCCCUUUGGAAAUGAGAGAAAAAAUGUAUCUGCUUGCUGUUGGGUAUUAUAGAAGUGGGGACUACUCAAGGAGCAGACACCUUGUUGAUCGCUGCUUGGAGAUUGCACCGGAAUGGAGGCAGGCAAUAUCUCUCAAGAAAUCAAUUGAAGAUCGUAUCAAGAAAGAUGGAGUGAUUGGCAUAGGCAUUGCUGCGACGGCUGUUGGUCUUUUGGCUGGUGGAGUUGCGGCGGCUCUGUCACGCAAGAAAUGACAAUGUACUUCCAUAUAUGUAAUAUCAUUCUCAUAAUCACAUAAUGUUCAUAACAAGAGUAAUGUUUCCUUUCAACAACCAAACAUAUAAAUCUUUUUGCUUUUGUGUUAACGCCUAAACUCCAACAACUUUCUCACUAAAACCGUUUCUUUGCAAGUUUUGCACAUAUAGUUAGUCCUGUUUUGUACUGCGUUUGACGUGCAUUGGACCAGAUAAAAAUUGUAAAUUUAUGUCUCAUCUGAAAAGUGAAUGUCCUUCUCAACCUUGUAUAAAAAGACAUGAAUUUUGUCAUGGUUCCCAAGAAAUGGUCUGAUAAGUAACAAAUGCAUCCUUCUAG